AUGUCGGAAUCACAGACGCUGGUAUCCACCUGCAUUAGUCCGGAGAUUUGUGCGGGAUUGAAGGGGGAGGUUUUAAUCAUGUCCACUGCCAAGCUGACGGGUGAAUUAGAUGAGAAUGGAAUGGUGAUUAUUACCAAUGUGUACGGGGAUGUAUGUAUCCGCAAAGCUAGAAGAAAACGUCAAAAACUCCUCGUGAAGCAACUAAUGUUUGAGUAUGCUAACAAUACCACUUUGCAUGGCCUUCCUUAUGUGACUAGGAAUGGAUUAACUCGCUUUGAAAAGAUUGUCUGGCUAAUAAUGUUUUUGGCUAGUAUGUGCAUGUGUCUUUUCUUGAUCAGCAAAGUGUGGUUUAAAUGGCAGACCAGUCCAGUAAUAGUGACUGUCAGUGAACAGUUAGUACCAGUCAGCAUGGUGCCCUUUCCAUCAGUGACAAUAUGUCCCCAAUCAAAAUGUAAGGUUUCAGUCUACAAUUUUACUGACAUGAAUGUAAAUUUGGAUCAAAUAGUUCCGGUUUACCUGCACAACACAAGCUCUUUAAAUGAGACGUUACAGAGAGACUACGUAUAUUUGAAUUCUUCAAAAAAGAUUAAGGGUUGGUCUCUCGAACAUGGUUACGCGUACAAUAAUUCAGAUAACCAUUCAAAUCCAUCGUCAUCGUUUUAUCCGAUGCCAGGAAUGCCAAACAGAGCGUCACCUGAUGUGGAGGUAGUACUACAAGAAUAUCAUGUUCGUGACAAACUCUGCAACGCUAUUAGAUCCGGUUUUAAGGUAUAUAUCCAACAUCCUGCUGAUCUGCCUCAAUCUUCACUGUACUACUAUGCUGUAUUGAAUUCACAAGUCUCCUCGAUGGCACUGAGCUUCAGCAUUCUCAAUAGUUCAGAUAGACUGAGGAGUUAUGAUGCAGAAAUACGUCAAUGCUAUUUCCCUGAUGAGCGGUAUUUAAAGUAUUUCAACAUUUACACUGCAAGCAACUGUAUGAUUGAAUGCCUAUCAAACAUCACUUAUCAACUCUGUGGCUGUGUCAAUUUCUAUAUGCCUCAUUCCAGUAGCAACCGAAUUUGCACUCAAUAUGAUGAUAAUUGUGUUCAGAAUGCAAGAGAAACGAUGCUUCACCGAGAAUCGUCCCAAGAAGAUUACGUAUGCCAUUGCUUACCGUCAUGCAACUCUGUUGACUAUGAUGCAGAAAUAUUGAAAACUGAUUUUAAUUUACAAAAAUUAAUUGGGACUAUUGAUAAAAUAUACAAACUUCCUGAUAAAAAUGAACUUGAAAGUUACAAUUAUUCCAAGUUGGAGAUAUACUUCAAGAAGCCUAGAUUCCUGUCGAUGCGUCGCUCUGAAUUGUUUGGCAUCAUCGACUUCCUUGCUAACUGCGGAGGUCUCCUAGGCUUGUUCUUAGGAUUCUCCUUCCUCAGUCUUAUGGAGAUUAUUUACUUCGUCACUUUAAGGUCGGCAAACGAGCUAACGGAUUACCUGAUGGCAAGCAAUCAGCGUCGCCCAUAG